GUUAUUUAACAGUAAUUAAUUACCUUACAAUAUUACUGUCUCAGAAUUGUAAUGCAUUACAUUACUCCUGUAUUACUGUUGAGUUACUUUUACCAAAAUGACUAUAAGCUACAGAGGUAAAACUUAACGUUGUAAAACGACUGGCUGUAACGAUAUGCGACAUGAAACUGAAAUAGCAACACUCAGAUCAACGAACCUGCAGAAUCGUGACACCCCUUGUACCUCCCAGUGUUAUCCUUACCAUCUAGAUCCAAUGCUAUCACAUCUUUAAAUUACUAUUAGUAUUAUUUGAAGUUAACAUUCUGAAAUACAUAGACGCGUUGUAACGCGUUACUCCCAACACUGAUUACAGAUAUUGCUCAGGCCAUACUGUGUAGGUUUAAAAUAAUAACCAUCUACAUAUAAAUUAUAUUGCACUCCAGGGACAGACUCCAAUAUUCAGAAAAGCAAAUAUAAUUGUGCAGUCAGCAGUACCUCUACAUUCUGCACUGAGAUUAAUAAGAGAGAGUUGGCUGCCCUGGUCCCAUUAAAGCCAGGUCCCCUGUGCACUCGUUCAUUCUGAAUCCAGGAAAUAAAGUUAACAAGCACUUAGACACCUUCACAACCUCUAUAUAGACACCUCAACACUUUAAUAGUUUCUACAACACUAUUAACAAUCAGUUCAAUAAAAACCUCUUUGCCUGCGAGAGGCUAAGCAUGACUUUGGGACUGUUAGUUCUCAUCAAACAGCUAUUUGUUGCUUCCCCUUUAGAUCUAUAAAUAUCCUUAAUUAGCGUCUCCCAUAGAGCCCUUCAGCCCCUCCGGUAGCAGAUUGAACUACCUAGCCAUCACUUCAUCCCUACAUUCUCUUCUGGUAGCAUCAUGGUUACUGCUUAGUAAGUGCUAAAAACACAAGGACGCUAUAUAAACAGUGUCUGCAAUGUCCUCCGGCCACAUUUGUCUUUGCAUUCGUUCUCUUCAGCAUCUCUUUUUGUGUAGAUAGUGCAUCUUUAAUUGUACUGUAGCGGGACCUUCCAAACAAAUUGUUAUUCCUUACUGUAGAUUUUUCAAUUUUCUCACUAUGGCGGAUGCUAUCAAGUCACCAUCCAGGUCUCAAUAUUGUCAUGAGGUACCUUGGAAUCCCCUGAGCUACAGAUGGCCCAGUGUAAUCUUUAACCAACAUUACGGCUUGCCUCCGUUACUGGACCCCCGAGACCUCAGCUGGAUCGAAGGCAUCUUCAGGAGGCUGGGGACAUCGUCUUGGCCCGGGUACUUGCGCACACCCGUGUUCGCUCCCUUUACUCAGGCCUCAGGACAGCACAUCUCUAAACUGCACAGGGAGAUGAGUGGAGGGGUGUCGGAAGUGGUUGGUGAGAUUUGCAAGUGGAAAAUUAGCUUGGAUGUCAAUCACUUUGCCCCCUCUGAGAUUACUGUCAAAAUACAGGAUGGAUUUUUGGAAAUUGCAGGAAAGCAUGAAGAAAGACAAGACGAGCACGGCUACAUUGCUAGAUGUUUUGCAAGAAAAUACAAACUUCCUGGUGGGAUCGAUGCUGACAAUCUCCAGUCACGUCUGUCCGCCGAUGGGAUCCUUACAGUGGAAGUACCAUUACCCAGCAUUCCCCUCCCUGCUGAUGUCAUUAUCCCUAUCCAGGUUGAGAUGGAGGCACCAACCGUGGGAGGAAAACAGCAAGACGGCAACGAGCCUCAAGACGCCAUUGAAGCCGAGGCUAAACCGGAAUCAUCCGAGGGAGAAACUCUCGAACCCUCUGUCUCAACUGAGCGUCCUGAGGGCGAACGAGACCAGCAGACUGUAUCUGAUGUAGAUCCAUCUAGAGAGCCACAACCCCAGUCCAUCACAGAAGCUGCAGCAGGAGCCUUUGAGUCUGGAAAAGAGCAGGUUGGAGAACCCAGUGAUGCCAUAGAGAAGGACAAAGAGGCGGUUGAGGGAGACACGGAAGAAGUCCUUGAGUCUGCAGACAAGCCUCAGGCUCCAGAGACCCCAGACACCAUCACCUCCGAGCAAGGAGAGCAGGCAGAGGUCACGCAGCCUCGGGAACUGGAGGGUGAAGAAGGAUACACAGACCCUGCCGUGACAGAAGAUGAGCAACCAACCUUUGGGCAAACCCAGGAGGUGUUCAACCCUCAGCUGGAGCUCCAAAAGAAAAUGGAUGUAGGGAAAAUGUAG